AUGCAAGAGCCUCAGACUUCAUCAACGGCUACUAACAGGCCUCUCAACCCUUGUACGGUCUGCAAGCAAAGGCAUCUCAAGUGUGAUAACGACAAAACAUGUUCAAAUUGUCGAAAGAGUGAUAUUGAGUGCGUUCGUGGCUACAGUGUAAGGUUUCGUCAUGGCUUGAAUCCUAGUAUACGCUCUGGUAAGACUAUCGAAGCUAAGGCCAAAGAAUACAACUUCUCUCAAGAUCAACCCUGGGUCAAAACAACUAGAACUCUAAGUUUUGUCGAUGAAACUCCAGACGUCAUCAACAUUCAUGACUCCAGUAUUGGCAACUUUGAUACUUUAGAUAACUUGAGUGUCGAUAUCGAAUCUUCGCCGCCCUCAGCCCCUCUCUAUAAGCUCCAGUCAAGAGAUUUCACGGAACAGGAUAGACCUAGAUCAGUAGCAGACUUGGCAGAAACCCUUUCCAGAGACAAUCAACGCCCAUCCAAGAAGCGAGCUCUGAGUUCCUCCUCUGCUGGACCAUGGCUGGCUACUACUCCUCGUUCGAAUCUUCCUGACCCUCUAUCGCCUAGUCAAAAGUCUGACAACGACAUAAUUCUCGGUGUAGCAAGUCCUCAGGUCGCCGCUGCACUUGCAAGCUCCCGCCAAACAGAUAUAUCAGUUCCGGUUGAUCAUGUCACCGAAGCCAUCUCUGGUAUCUAUCUUGACACGCCAAGAUGGCCGCUCCAAGAUCCACAAGAGGCUAUGCUGUUUUACAACUUCAUCCACGUUCUUGCUCCCCUCUUCGACUUGUGCGAUAGUGAACGCCACUUUGCUACCAUUGUUCCUCGGCGAGCCGUCAUGUGUCCUCCUCUGAUGAAUGCGGUACUCGCUGCCUCUGCCAAACGCCUUAGCAGAGUGGACGGGUUUGACUGUCUAGUCGGCGACCGGUAUCAUCAGAACUGCCUCGAUGCUCUCAUACCAGCACUAUCCAGUACUGCGGCUGUCAUGGAUGAGAACCUCCUUACAGCAAUUGUGAUUCUUCGCUAUAUGGAGGAACUCGAUGUUCCGCUCACGUCCGCCGAGACAGCCAACGAAUCCCAUCUUGUUGGCACAAGAGUCUUUGUAGCAGCGCAGGAAAAGAUCCUCGACUUCACCGGCCUUCGACGCGCUGCCUUUUGGGUUGCCCUCAGACAAGAGAUACACAUGUCAUUUAUGCAAGCCCGACCUGUCGACCCCAACUUUGCACUAGAAGAUAUUUCGCGUCUCGUUCAGAACGACGAUACAUGCUGUACUUUUGCGAACCUGACAAUCCUACAAUGUGCCGCGUGCCUUCGCUAUUGCUACGGUUCUGAAGACCAGAGCUUCUCGGCGUGGGAGAGGUUACAGGAAGCCCAAGAAAGAUGGUGGGCUGAAAGGCCGUGGCAUUUUCAUCCCAUGUACAUCAACGAAAGUGAUGAUGUCCCGGGAUUCUUCCCACAGGUACUCUAUCUCAACGACGCAGUCGUCACAGGAGUGCUCCAUUAUUUAUUGAUCAAGGUUCUACUUGCGGCUCAUAACCCCAGAACACCGAAGCUGGGCCCUGGGCAGGCUAAAGCAGCCAAGACGAUAAAUGAAGAGAUGAGAAAGACUGUCAAGAUGGUUUGCGGAGUAGCUGAGUCGAAUCAGAGAAACCCAACAGGAUUUGCCUAUGCCUGCUUGGCCAUAACAAUGGCUGGUGAUCGAUUUAAUAAUAUGUAUGAACAAGAAGCCCUUUAUAAUGUCCUCCAAAAGGCAGAUGUUCAGUUUGGGUGGCCGAACCGAUCAGUACAAGAGUAUCUGAAGGAGGCCUGGGGCUGGACUGAAUCUCCUGUGAAUGUGAUUUCUGGAAUGCCUAUUGCGGGGAUGCUUAACAGCAACAUGCAAUUUGUAUGA